AUGCCCUUCCUAGCGAAGGAACACUUCCCGCUGUCUUACGAAGACAUCUUGUCAUGGACGUUCGACCACGUCAAAUACGACUGGGAUCAGCCCAUCUACAUCGACGCCCUUAAACCAGAACGUUCCAUCUCAGCUCGACAGGCGAAGAAGCUGGUUCGCCAACUUGCGGCUGGAUUCAAAGCUAUUGGUGUUCAAAAAGGCGACUGUGUCUCCAUACACAGCUUCAAUGACAUCUACUAUCCCAUAUUCUUUCUAGGAGUCCUUGCUGCAGGUGGAGUCUAUGCUGGUACCAAUCCGGGAUAUACAAAACAUGAGCUCACGCAUACGACGAAGAUUGCAAAGGUGAAAUACAUCCUCACACAGCCGGCGCUGGUCAAGAACAUCUUGGAGGCAGCCGAGGACAAUGGGAUUCCGAAGGAGAAUGUCAUCAUUUUCAAUCCUGACGGACAACAAGCACCCCAGAGCUUUCUACAGUGGGCCGAUCUGCUGAAGCAUGGCGAGUGUGAUUGGGAAAGAUUCAAUGACUACGAAACUGCAUAUCAAACAGGCGCUGCGAGACUAUAUUCUUCAGGUACAACCGGACUGCCCAAGGCCGCCGAAUUGAGCCAUCUGAACUUGACCGCACAACACACGCUUGUCUUCGAAACCAACCCUCGACCCUACAAAGUCCGUCGUCUCCUCCCCUUGCCCAUGUUCCACGCCGCGACGGCACCCGGCGCCUUCUGUACACCUCUUCGCAGCGGAGAUCAAGCCUACGUGAUGCCACGCUUCGAUCCGGAAACCUGGUUCAGGGCACACGAAAAGUAUCAGAUCACAGAUCUGGCAGCAGUACCUCCCAUCAUCGUCCUGGCGAUAAAUUCUCCCUUGAACGAGAAAUACAGUCUAAAGUCCGUGCGGGUCGGCCAGUCCGGUGCAGCUCCACUAGACAAAGGUCCCCAGGCACGUAUGAAGGCAUUGAUUGCAGAUGGAGCGCCCAUGACGCAGGUUUGGGGCAUGACGGAGACUUCGUGCAUUGCUACUCGAGUUCUGUAUCCGAAUGACGAUACUACGGGAAGUAUAGGCCGACCGAUACCGAAUCUGGAUACCAAGCUGGUCGACGAGGAUGGGAAAGACAUCACGGACUAUGACGUUCGAGGCGAGCUGUGCGUGAGAGGGCCCACGAUCGUUAAGGGCUAUUUCGAGAAUCCGGAAGCAAAUGCGAGGGAUUGGGAUGAGGAUGGGUAUUUCCAUACCGGAGAUAUUGCCAGCAUCGAUUCCAAAUCGAAACUCUACUAUAUCGUAGACCGUAAAAAGGUACCGCAUCUCUUCCUAUCCCAUUUGUUUUCCAUACUGACAGCUCAUCUCUCAAUAAAGGAACUCAUCAAAGUCCGCGGCUUCCAAGUCGCUCCCCCCGAACUCGAAGGCGUUCUCCUCUCCCACCCCAACCUAGUCGACGCAGCCGUCAUCGGAGUCCCCGACCCCGUACGAGAAGGCGGCGAACUGCCCCGUGGCUACGUCGUGCGCCGAGAUCCAAAGAGCAAUACACCGACAGAGCAAGAAGUACACCAGAUGAUGAAAGAUAAACUGACGAGUUACAAGAGAUUAGAAGGAGGUGUGGUGUUUGUGGAAAGUAUCCCGAAGAAUGCAUCGGGCAAGAUUUUGAAGAGGAUUUUAAGGGAGGGGGCGAAGGAGGAGAUGAAGAGGGAAGGAGGAAAGGCGAAGUUGUAG